AUGUCCAUGAUCAGGAGAGCCAUGUUUGGUGGGAUUACUUGUCCCAAAAACAUAUGGAAUUCGGGACUUCUGAAAAAUAUUCAGAAGACCACUGUCUCUGCUCAUCGACACAUCCAUGCAACUCGUACACUUAGAUCAUAUGAAGAGGAGAAGGCCGUCUUGGACGAAAUUGCCCCAAGACUAACGGACAAGGAUCGUCAAACCUCGAGCAUCCUGCGUAACAUCGGUAUUUCCGCCCACAUUGACUCAGGCAAGACCACCUUCACAGAGCGUGUUCUAUUCUACACUGGGCGUAUCAAAGCUAUCCACGAGGUAAGAGGCCGUGAUAAUGUCGGUGCAAAGAUGGACUCUAUGGAUCUGGAAAGAGAGAAGGGUAUUACCAUUCAGUCUGCGGCUACUUAUUGUUCUUGGGACAAAGAUGGCCAGAAUUACCAUUUUAAUCUAAUCGAUACUCCAGGCCACAUUGACUUCACCAUCGAAGUAGAACGUGCCUUGAGAGUCUUGGACGGUGCUGUACUGGUUGUUUGUGCAGUUUCUGGCGUGCAGUCGCAAACAGUCACCGUCGAUCGUCAAAUGAGAAGAUAUAAUGUUCCAAGAAUUACCUUUAUCAACAAGAUGGACCGCAUGGGCGCAAAUCCCUUCAGAGCCAUCGAUCAGAUCAAUAAAAAGCUUAAAACACCAGCUGCUGCGCUUCAAGUUCCUAUUGGAGCUGAAUCCGAACUAAAGGGUGUGGUCAAUAUCAUUGACCGUGUGGCUUUGUACAAUGAAGGUGCCAAAGGUGAACAGAUUGUAACCGGUCCUAUUCCUAACGAGCUCAACGACUUAGUUGAGGAAAGAAGAGCCAUGUUGAUCGAAACCCUUGCCGAUGUGGAUGACGAGAUCGCUGAAAUUUUCUUGGAAGAACAAGAGCCUUCGAUUGACCAAAUAAAGGCUGCCAUCCGUAGAGCCACCAUCGCGAGAAAGUUCACACCUGUUUUGAUGGGAUCAGCUUUGGCUAAUAGAAGUGUGCAGCCCGUUCUCGACGCCAUCGUUGAUUACUUGCCUAAUCCUUCUGAGGUUCUAAAUACGGCUUUGGACGUGUCCCAGGGGGAAAGUAAAGUCAAUCUUAUCCCAUCCGUACAAGAACCAUUUGUAGGCCUCGCUUUCAAAUUAGAAGAAGGUAAGUAUGGUCAACUAACCUAUAUUAGGGUUUACCAAGGGCGUUUGAAGAAAGGUGGUUACAUCUCAAAUGUAAAAACCGGUAAGAAAGUUAAAGUCUCUCGUUUGGUAAGAAUGCAUUCUAAUGAUAUGGAAGAUGUUGACGAAGUCGGCUCGGGGGAAAUUUGUGCCACUUUUGGUAUUGACUGCGCUUCCGGAGAUACAUUCUCCGAUGGUGCUUUGAACUACUCCAUGUCUUCAAUGUACGUUCCUGACGCCGUUAUCUCUCUAUCAAUUACACCCACUUCUAGAGACUCGGCUAAUUUCUCCAAGGCGCUGAACAGGUUUCAGAAGGAAGAUCCCACUUUCAGGGUGAGAUUCGAUGCGGAAUCUAAAGAGACCGUUGUUUCCGGAAUGGGUGAACUUCACUUGGAGAUUUAUGUCGAAAGAAUGAAACGUGAGUACAAUGUUGAUUGUGUUACUGGUCAGCCUCAGGUAUCCUACAGAGAAUCGAUUACUAUCCCUGCAGAAUUUGAUUAUACCCAUAAGAAGCAAUCCGGAGGUGCUGGUCAGUACGGUAGAGUUAUGGGCGCUUUGAGUCCUCUUGAGGGAUCGAGCAGUAAUAAAUUCGAAACUGCUAUUGUUGGUGGUCGCAUUCCGGAUAAGUAUUUGGCUGCCUGUGGAAAAGGUUUCGAAGAAGCCUGUGAGAAAGGGCCAUUAAUUGGUCACAAAGUCUUAUCUGCGCAUAUGUUGAUCAAUGAUGGUGCUAUUCAUGCAGUUGAUUCUAACGAGCUGGCAUUUAAAACUGCUUCAAUGGCAGCUUUUAAGCAAGCGUUCUUAGAAGCAAAACCUGUCAUUCUAGAACCAGUCAUGGCAGUGACAGUCACUGCUCCAAACGAGUUCCAAGGUAAUGUUAUUAGUUUGCUCAACAAAUUGCAAGCUGUCAUUCAGGACACUGAAAAUGGUCAAGACGAAUUCACCAUUAGUGCGGAAUGUUCUUUGAACACGCUUUUCGGCUUUGCAACCUCGUUGAGAUCAUCAACUCAGGGCAAAGGUGAAUUUUCACUCGAGUUCAAACAUUACUCACCCACCUCACCACAUUUGCAGAAACAACUGAUUGCUGACUUUGAGAAGAAGCAACAACAAAAGAAAUGA